AAUAGUUGAAUAUUUGUGAUUAUUCGUUAAAAUGUGUAGAUUUGUUAUCUGGAAUCAAUGCGCAAGUGAGUAAUUCCCAACCGGUUGAAAAAACCAAAAACGAUCUAUACUCAGGUAGUGAUUACUUUAGGGUUUUGAGUUCGCAGAUAAGUCCGCCAUGAUCGAAUCUGGAAAUGUGUGGACCAGGUUUUGGUGUUGGAAAAAGUUACCGGAAAGAAUCAGCCAGUUGUAUUCCACAAAUUACUAAAAGCUUCGGAAACAAGUUGUAAUAUGCUUCUUAGAGCUAUUUCCUGAUAAAAUAUUCGACUCCUAAUUUGAUCAAUCCAUUUUUUUCAACUUGUCGGUGCUUUUUUCCCCUUGCAUUUAUGUAAAUAUAUCUGUGGUUGGUGAAUAGUAGUUUGGAGUAAUUGAAUCACAAUGCUGUCCUCUGAUCCUCUCUACUCCUAUCAGUACCUAAACUAGGGGUUACAUUAUAGUUGCCCCUUGGACAUAACAGGCUCAAAUCUUACUCAAGCUGCCAUCCUUUGUUCCAACACAGAAUCUAGAGCAAGUUGUUGUCGUUACAUCAAUGCCCUUGUUGCAGUAUCUGUUGUUCAUUAUGCAAAUACAACCAACAAUUUAGGAGUCACUCCAGAAUUAUCCAAAAUUUGCCUCCAAACCAUAUCUGAAACUUUAGAACUACACGGGAUGACAAGAAACGCGACACUUUUCUGUGGAUUUGGAACCAAAAUUCCUGUCAAUUAUGAAUGCCUUGGAAGAACAACUGUUAACCAGAUGCUCGAAUCUCCAAAAUUCUCAAAUGUCACUCUAAAUUGCAAAGUCCCAUUUGGAGAAAAUGGUUGUAAAAAGUGUUUGAAUUCUGGCAUCUUGUUUAUAAGAAACCUAGUGGGAACAGGAGACAAUACAACAUUAAGCACUUGUAGAGAUGCAACAUUUGUCUCUCUUGCUACCCAAGUUGAUGACAUGUCAGCUUUUGAGAUAGCUGGUUGCUUUUUUGGAGUUCAAGGCCUCAAUAACAUUCCAUUUUUGGAAUCCUCUCCCCCUACAUUUCCACCUGAAUCAUCUCCAACCCCAUUUGCUGCUAGCCCUAGUCAACUAUCUUUGACCACACCGAAUUUACCAAAACGCCAUUCCUAUCAUCUCUCACUGGUUCCUGGUAUUGGUAUUGGUGUUAUAGCACUUGCCACUUUGAUGCUUGUACUAAUGAUUUUCCUUAUUCGUGGGAAAACUAAAGAACUUGAAUCCGAUAAAUCUUCAAUGAGAACAUUUUCUCAACCAAUGAGAAAGUUCCAAGAAUGCCCUUCGUCCAUGUUCAAAAAGUUUAGCUAUAAGGAAACUAAAAGGGCAACUAAUAAUUUCGGUACCCUUAUUGGACAAGGAGGAUUUGGUAGUGUAUACAAAGCUCAAUUUAAUGAUGGAUUAUUAUUAGCAGUGAAACGUAUGGAUAAAGUUUCAAAACAAGCUGUUGAAGAAUUUUGUAAAGAAAUUGAGCUUCUUGCAAGACUUCAUCAUCGACAUCUUGUUUCCUUAAAAGGAUUUUGCAUUGAAAAACAUGAAAGGUUUCUUAUGUAUGAAUAUAUGGCAAAUGGGAGCUUAAAGGAUCAUCUUCAUACUCCAGGUGUCCCUCCGCUGAGCUGGCAGACAAGAAUUCAAAUUGCAAUCGAUGUGGCAAAUGCUUUGGAAUACCUCCAUUUCUACUGUGAUCCUCCUUUGUGCCAUAGAGACAUAAAGUCUAGCAAUAUAUUACUUGAUGAGAAUUUUGUAGGAAAGGUGGCAGAUUUUGGGCUUGCAUAUGCUUCUAAAGAUGGAUCCAUUUGUUUUGAACCAGUCAACACAGAGAUCAGAGGAACUCCUGGUUACAUGGACCCGGAAUACGCCAUAACACAAGAACUGACUGAAAAAAGCGACAUCUACAGCUACGGUGUUGUGCUUCUGGAAUUACUAACCUCAAAACAAGCCAUACACGAAAACCGAAACCUAGUCGAACUAUGCCAACCCCAUAUGAAAUCGGAAUCACGAUUCAUGGAACUGGUAGACCCCGGAAUCGGCGAUUCCUUCGACACAGACCAACUCCAAACUAUUGUAACAAUCAUAAAAUGGUGCACGCAAAAAGAAGGGAGAGGUAGGCCUUCGAUUAAGCAAGUGUUGAGGCUUUUAUACGAGUGUGCGGACCCCAUGCAUAAUGGGUUUGUUGAAGCGGUUGAGGAUGAGAGAGGGAGAGGGAAAGGGAAUAGGAGAGAGAAAGAUGGGAAUGGAAAUGGGAAUGGGAUUAGUUGGGAUGGGAGGGGUUUGGCCAGUUCUUCUAGCACUUCAAGGUCUUAUUGUAGUAGGAGUUUUUUGCUUGAGACUACCGGAUCAUAUUCAUCUCCUCCUCAAUCUCCUUCCAAUAUGUCUUCUGUUUAACUUCAUAUAUACAUUCGAUUUAAGUUUCUACAUGUACAUACACACUAUCAUCAUCAUCAUCAUCAUCAUCAUCAUUGUUCGUUUGUUACUUA